UAAAUCCACAAUUGACGUCAAGGGAACAUCUUUAGCAAUGUCCUUGUUUAAAGUUAGGCAGUUUUGGUGUACAAAUAGCGAAGACGGCGAAUAUUUCGACCAGGGUUCCAUGAUCGCAGCCAAACUGCGUUCUGAAUUUGAUUAUAUUGUAACGGGAAGUCAGAGCGGAACUUUACGAAUUUUUAGCCCCAAUUGCGAUUUAACAGAAACGGGUGGCUUGGGUGGAUUUCGCCCAAACGAUUUACUGAUAGAAAAGUUAUUCGACGAGCCGAUUUUGCAAGUCGGUUGCGGAAAAGUGGCCUCGGGAACGACUGAAUUACAUUUAGUUGUUUUGCAUUCUAAACUAUUAUCUAUUUACAAUGUGGUUAGCAAAAACGGAAAAAACGAACAAGGUAACCAGUGUUUCCUUCAGAUCUUAUACGAACACAAACUGCGAAAGUCAGCAGCAAGUAUGGUCAUAGGACCUUUUGGCGGACUACAGAACAGAGAUUUUAUUUGCGUUCAAACUUUGGAUGGUUUACUCGUGUUUUUCGAACAGGAAAAUCAAGGCACGUACGUGGUAUUGCCUGAUUUUCUGCUACCCGGACCAAUCGUUUACGUCAAAAGUAGUGACAGUUUCGUUACGACCAAUACGGGUUGGGAGUUAAUGUCAUUCAAAUAUAAAAUCCUGUCAGAUGCAGCCGACGAGUCUUCUGAUCCUAUUUAUUCGAAGCCGAAAAUCGCUUCCGAUUGGAGUUAUAAUUUAGGCGAAGCUGCUUUGGAUAUUAAAGUCGUCGAAACGAAGAACAAGGAUGUGUCCGUCUUGGUAUUGGGCGAAAGAAAUUUGUUUUGCAUGAAUGACAGCGGAAAGCUCAAAUUCAUGAAGAAAUUUGACUACUGCCCUGUCGCCUUUCAUGUUUACCCCCUAGAUCAUGUAUUUUGUCUGGUGAUUUCGGAAACAAGUAAUCUAUUGAUUUACCAAAAUGCAACAUUGCAUUGGUCAGCAAGUUUGGAUUUCAUGCCGAUAGCUUUAAGCCGUGCUUGCCUCAAAAAUGUCAAAGGAUCGUUGGUUUUGCUCAGCGAGGAAGGUCGAUUGGAGUGUUGCUAUUUGGGAACCGAGCCAAGUUUUUUCGUGGCGCCUCCUUUAAGCAUAAAAGACAUAGAUUUUGAAAAGGCAGAUGAAGAGUUGAUGGACUUGGAGAGAACCAUACGGAACUCAAGCGCAAACGAUAUUGGUUUAAAAAGUAAUUUCGAAAAGGAUUUUCAAGUCCACGUUACUGCCGGAGUUAAAAGUGAAAUUGGUGCGGUCGGUGAUUACAAUUUUGAAAAUGUCUCAUGGGACUACGUUUGUCCCAUUUACAUCGACAUCGUGCCUCAAGUAUCUCAUCAAGAAGUUCAGAUUACGGUAUUCGUGUGCAGGCCUUUAGCAGCGAUACCAAAUUGUCAUUUUUUUAGCAAUUUAAGCGAAAAAACCUCAUUAACGUCAUACGUAUUCCUCAAAGAGGCUUCGGAAGUGCCAAGCCUUCUCGUGACCGUAACAGCUACUGUGAUUUCGACCCUUGGCGUUCCAAGAUCUUUAACGAGGAAUGUCAUGUUACCCGCGAAUUUUCUACUGGACAGCUGUGAUCCCGAAAAAGAAUGUGAACACAAAAUUACACUGACAACUACUCACAGCCACGUUCCUUUAAAUACGUUAUUUUCAGAAUACGCCAACGAACCGACUUCUCAAGUUAGCAAGUCUUUUGCCUUGAAAAAUAACACUGGCGCGGUGGGAACAAUUUUGUUAGCGAAAUCAUCGGAAAGGUAUCGUUUACAGUCGAAUUCGCUCGCCUCAUUAAGUUUACUGGUCGAGCAGUUGAUUUGGCGAUUGAGGAAGUGCCAGGGAAACAGGGAUGAUUUCCGGAUUUCCUUUAACCCGGAUCUACCCGUGGACGAACUGUUCGAAUAUGUUCGACGUCAUUUCGAUUGCAAGAAAAACGUGUCUCUGUUACAGAACGAUUUGUCUCAACUAAGCGCUCAACAGAGGCUGAUUCAAAAACGACUCAUAAGUAAGUUCAAGUCGAAAGAUCCAGCUACGUUAAAAAAUCUCGAACUGCUCCUAAACGACACGCACUCGGAUAUAGUGGAGGCGACUGAGAAAUUGGAAAAUGAAAUUGGCAAUCUAUCAAACGCUCAGGUGCGCUUGUCUUGCGUUUUACAUUUAGUGAGGCAGCUACUAAGUUUACUGGAUCUGGAUGCCGAUUUGUUGGGGAUGAUAAAUUCCACUUUUUGCAGUGAAGUUUACGACAUCGACACUCAAGCGUGGGAGGACGUCGUUGAUGCAUCUUUGAGUUACCUCUUACGAACGGUACUGGCGAAAACGGAAAAAGAUAAGCUACGGGCUCCCCAUUCGAGUUUCGAAGAAGUGAAAGACAUCACAAAAUUACAAAAACAUCUUGCUCACGUUUUAGAGCGUUUACCCAAGCAACGAGCUACCAAACGAAGAGAUAGCCUUUUCGAAGAAGAGCAAUCAUCGACGAUCGAUUCGGCGAGGGAAGAAGAGAACAUAGAAAAACCGAUUGGCAGUCAAUUCGGAGAGUCUAGUUCGCGAUUGUUAUCCGCUAGAAAGAGUCUAUUAAACCGAAGACAUAAAAUGAUCGAAAGUGUUGAAAAUUAAAGUCGUAACUGCACGUUUUUAGUGGCUGUUAAACAUUAUACGGUUAUUGCUUUGGAGUUUGCGUUUCAUUUAAAAAAAUAUGAAUUUAUUAACCGCUGAUACAAUGGACACGCAAAAGCUUCAAUUAAAUUUCUGUUGGUAUAUCCUCUCUCACUGAUGCCUUCUGCUUUCAUGUCUCUGAUAAAAA